CUUUCUACCCCGCCCGCUCGUUGCCCGCUUGUUCGCCGCUCUCUCAUAGACAAUGUCGACAGCGUUGGACAACACCUUUGGUGCUGCGUUCAUUGGAGUUGUGGUCUCUGCAAUUCUCUACGGAAUCACCUGCGUGCAGACAUGGUUUUACUUUAGCGAUUAUGAGAAAGACGGAUUGCCGAUGAAGCUCUUGGUCACUGCGGUUCUUCUCUCUGAUACCGUACACCAGGCUUUGAUCACGCACACAGUUUACACAUAUCUCGUCUCAAACUUCGGAAAUCCCGUUGAACUGGGAGAGCUCGUGUGGAGCUUGAUUGUGGAGGUUCUUUUCAAUGGUUUCACUGCUCUCAUGGUUCAAAGCUUCUUGGCUUGGCGUAUCUGGAAGCUGAGCAACGGUUGCAUUUGGCGGACUGGCUCUGUGAUGACUCUGGUCAUCGGUGAAUUUGUCUGUGUUGUGAUCUACGUCUCCAAGGGAAUCAACUUGCAGACCUUUGCCGAGUUGACAGCGCUGAAGUCGUUGUCCAUGACUGUGAACGCUGUUGCCGCGGCUGGUGAUGUUCUCAUCGCAAUGUUCUUGUGCCAUCUUCUUCACGGAGCCCGAACUGGGUUUUCGAGAUCGGACAGUAUGAUCAACAGGCUGAUCGUCUUCACCAUCAACACUGGCUUGCUGACCAGUCUUUGCGCCAUCGCUUCCCUGGUAUCGAUUGUUGCGGCUCCCACCACAUUCAUUUACAUCUCAUUCUACUUCUGUCUUGGUCGUCUCUACUGCAACUCCCUCCUGGCUACUCUCAACGCGCGCAGGGCCCUGCGUGGGGAGGCUCGUGAAGACAUGUCCCUCUCUCUUCAGAGAAUGCCGAACAGCCCCUCGGCGACUGCUGCUCUUGCGUCUGGGAAACAAAUCGCCGUCAACGUUACCGUUGAUCAUGAGCGCGACGGCUCAGAUUAUCAGGUCGAUUACAAGUCGUCGGCAGCAGAAGCUUUUUGAACGAAGCCUGAGUGCAACGCAACCUUCGAGUAUGCAGGUGUCACACACGAAGGACCCCCACGCUGUCACUUGGUUUGCCCAAGGAGCGUCACGAUGUAGCGUCAAGAUUGCUGAAGUUUUGCUGUCGUUACCCAUUUCCUGUUCGUAUUUUUGUCGGUACCCCUUAGAAGAAGUUCGCGAGGCAGGUGCACGAUCUGUGUUUUUUUUUUGCUGCUGGAAUCUGAGGAUCCAAAAUCACUUGACCAUCCGUGGUUGUUACAAUAUAUGGAUAUCGUAGCUGAUAGCUACUUGAAUUUAAUUUUCCGGAAAUU